AUGAAGCAAAAAAGGAAAGGGCCCCAGGAACCUCCGUACCCAGGAGGCUGGGGCCCCUUUCUAGCACCUAGCCGACCACCCCAGAAGGAGCCAGUCCGGGCCUGGAUAUUAGACGAUUCUUCGGCCAGCCUGCUCCUACAUCCUGUACAAGCUCAACUUCAACUACUUCAGAUUAAUGAUAACACAAGGAAGGAACUUCUUUUGAGCCCUUGGAAACCAGAUUUGAGCUUUAAAUUUCCCUCAUCUGGACCAAGAAAUUUGAGAUUUGUUUUGAAAUGGCUUGGUGAGAGGGACUGGCUUGUAUACUCGCCAUCCGAAGACGGAGCAUUCUGUAAGUUUUGCUUCUUAUUUAGCACUACGGUUGGGAAACAGCGUUCGUGCCCAGGAAAACUAGUGAGACAGCCAUUCAGAAACUGGAAAGACGCUAAAGAAGUUUUCCGGGAACAUGAAAAGGCAAAAUACCACUCUGAUUGUCUUCAAAGAGCGGGUGAAUUCUUAGCCACAUACACGGAAAAAGUUCCUAGCAUUGAAAAGGCUUUAGAUGUGGCACUUUUUCUUGCCAGAAGAGGAUUGGCGUUUCGAGGUCCCAGAGAUUCUGGAGCCUGUUUGGAGAACGAAAAAUCAAAAGAAGAGGGGAACUUCAAGGUUCUUCUGAGAUUUCGUGUUGAAUCUGGAGAUACUCUCUUGAAGAACCGUUUAGAAACAGCAGGAGCUAAUGCCACAUAUACAAGCUGGCAGAUUCAGAAUGAAAUCAUAGCAUCGUUCAACAACAUUAUCAUCAGGAAGAUCAUUGAGCAAGUAAAAAAGGCUCAGUGGUUUUCGAUUCUCGUUGACGAAACGACGGAUGUCAGCACAAUUAAGCAAAUGACUUUCUGCGUCAGAUUUAUCGAGGAGGGUAAAGUGCACGAAGAAUUCCUGCAGUUUAUCCCAAUCACUGAUGCAACUGGAAAGGGACUAGCUGAAACAAUAAUCAAAACCAUAAAUGACCUGAAUCUCCAGCCCCAAUGUAUAGUUGGUCAAGGUUAUGAUGGUGCGAGGGCUAUGAGUGGAGACAUAAAAGGAGUUCAAGCACUCAUACAAGAGACGUACCCACGAGCUCUAAGUAAUUCUAUUAGGGUUGUUGUUAAUUUGUUUGCCUUCGACAGAAAGCAGUGGAACCAAUUUGCUAAUGAGCAGAGCUAA